AUAUAGAUAUAUAUAAAUAGGGAUAUAUAAAUAAAUAGAGAUAGGUAGCUAUAUUGCUAUAGCUAAAGGAUUUACAAAUGACGUAUAUUAAGCAUACGUAAAUACUACAUGCUCUAUAAAUGGUAGCUAUUAUUACCCAGUCAUGACUAACCUGUACUGUGUUAUACAAAGCAGGAGCAAGUUUGAUUGAUGUGCCAAAACGCAUAGUUCAGACACUGAAAAACGACAGGCCGUUAGGAAGGAGGGGAUCGAUGUCGACAGGAAAUAGGAGUAGACUUUACAAAUAAGUGAGAUGAAACCUGAUCAAAAAGCUGACAGUUCAUUUGGAAAAAAUGUCAUUACCACCUUGAAAUAUUUGCAGAGAUAGAAGAUAUAAAAUUUACAACGCGCAUUCAAGCUUGAUUAAAUAUUAGACCAUUAUGAGAGAUUUGUUAUCCAUAUCAAGAAAAUCACUUGAGUCAUGAGAUUAUACCUCCUAAAUAUAGCUUUGAUGGCGACAGAUCUAUAUAAUUCUGAAAAAUGGAUCCUGUUUUCAAAGAGGCAUACGAUUAUGGAUAAGAGUUUAUCCCAAUAAAACACCGUAUGUUAGAGGCCUUCCUGAAACUGCAGUAACAAAUUAUCAGAAACUUGGCAGCUUAAAAUAACACAGAAUUAUUCUCUCAUAGUUCUGGGGGCCAGGAGUCUAAAACCAAGGUGUCCGCAGGGCCACAUUCAUUCCAAAGGCUCUAAAUAAAAAUCUUUCCCUACCUCUUCCAGCUCCUAGUGGUUGCCGGCAUUCAUUGGUGUCCUUGGCCUGUAGCUGCAGAACUCUAGUCUUAAAAAUAUUUACAAGAGUAUAAAACAAUGCUACUCUUCUCACGCAUUAUGUUUGUGUUUGAAAGUAUAGUUUUUUAAAAUUAAAAUUUCAUUUCAUGUUAAGCAUAUAAAUAAAAAUUUAAAAUUUGUGUUUUAAUUUUAAUACAGUAAAUGUCAACAGAAAAAAACGCAAAAACACAAAUGCUCUUUGAGAUUCUCUAUGCUUUUUAAGAGUUAAAAUAAUCCUGAGACCAGAAGGUCUGAGAACUAACAAGUUAAGAGAAUUUGAUUUAUUGAUUUUUCAUGUCUGAUUUAUUAAAGACAUAGAUGUUUCCUAAGAACCUCAGAAAAUCUUCCUCGUUAGAUUUGUAAUUCUGUCUUUUGAAGAAUUUGAGAGAACUGUAUUUUUUCCUGUGUAAGUGUAACUUAAAAUAUCCUAGGGAAUGUCUGAAGUAUACAAGUAGUGUUGAUUAUCUAAGGUAAAUCAAUUUGUAUUUACAAAUUAAUUCAACGUUCAUUAAAGAAUCAGUGAUAACUUUGUUCAUAUUUUUGUAUAGCAUUUACUAGUUUGAUUUUAUAAAUUUAAUAAGAUUUUUUGCAAAUGAAAUUGAUUUCUUGACUUCUUGCUAGUUUAUUGUUGGUAUAUAAAACACUAUUAAUUUUUGUAUGUUGAUUUUGUAUCUUGCAGCUUUACUGAAUUUAUCAGUUCUAAGGGUUUAAAUAAUUUAAAUAGUAAAGGCUAUAUUUUUUAAAAGUUUAAAAUUAAACUUUUAACAAGUUACAUGUUAUUUACAAGACAAGUAAGCAUAAUAAUCCUUUCUAUGCACAAUAGAAAUUCAGAUAUUAAAAUAUAUAUCUAAAACCCAUUAACAGGUGUUAGGAACAUAGACAACUAAGAAAAGUGGGCACAGGACAGGCACAUUUUGAUAAAGGGCCAAGAGAUAUGAGAAGUGUCUCCAGGAAGAACCCAAUAAGUAGCAUCCUUGGGGGUGGGGUUGUCAAGGAGGGGGUGUCACAAGGCCCCUGGUAAGUGCCAGGAAAUUCUAGAGAGGAAGAAAGCCCAAUAGAGGCCGUAGACAUUGAGGAUAAUCUUUAUCAACCUCUUAGGUAUUAAUCCUUUGUCAGAUAAAUAGUUUGCAAAUAUUUUCUCCCAUUCUGUGGGUUGCAUCUUCACUGUUGACACAGGAAGGGGAACAUCACACACCAGGGCCUGUUGGGGAGUAGGGGGCUGGGGGAGGGAUAGCAUUAGAAAUACCUAAUGUAAAUGAUGAGUUGAUGGGUGCGGCAAACCAACAUGGCACAUGUAUACCUAUGUAAAAAAACUGCACGUUGUGCACAUGUACCCUAGAACUUAAAGUGAAAAAAAAAAAAAAAAGAAUGGUCCCCCUGGCUGGGGUAAGAUGGCAUAUUAUUGAGGUUUUAAUUUUUCAUUUCCAUGAUUAUUAGAGAUGUUGAGCAUUUUCUCAUAUAUUUGUUGGUUAUUUGUACAUCUGCUUUUGAGAAAUGUCUGCUCGUGUCACCUGCCCACUUUUUAGUGGAAUUAUUUAUUUUUCUAUUGUUGAUUUGUUUGAGUUCCUUGUAGAUUCUGGAUAUUAGUGCUUUGUCAGAUAUAUAGUUUGCAAAUGUUUUCUCCUAUUUUGUAAGUUGUCUGUUUAAUCUGUUAAUAGUUUAUUUUGCCCUGCAGAAGCAUUUUAGUCUAGUUAGGUUCCAUUUAUGUAUUUAUUUAUUUUGUCACAUUUGCUUUUGACCUUAGUCAUAAAUCCUUUGCCUAGGCCAAUGUCCAGAAGAGUUUUUCCUAGGUUUUUUUCUAGAAUUUUUAUGGCUUCGGGCAUUAAAGUCUCUAAUCUAGCUUGAGUUAAUUUUUGUAUAUGAUGAGAGAUAGGGAUCCAGUUUCAUCAUUCUACGUGUGGCUAUCCAAUUUUCUCAGCACCGUUUAUUGAAUAUGAUGUCCUUUCCCCAGCACAUGUUUUGGUCUGCUUUGUCAAAGAUCAGUUGGUUGUAUGUAUUUGGCAUCAUUUCUGGGUUCUCUAUUCUUUUCCAUUGGCCUAUGUGUCUACUUUUAUGCCAGUAGCAUACUGUUUUGAUUAUGAUAGCCUUAUAGUAUAAUUUGAAGUCAGAUAAUGUGAUGCCUCCAGAUUUGUUCUUUUUGCUUAGGAUUACUUUGGCUAAUCAGACUCUUUUUUGGUUCCAUAUGAAUUUUAGAAUUGUUUUUUCUAAUUCUAUGAAAAAUUAUAUUGGUAGUUUGAUAGGAACUACAUUGAUUGUAGAUUGCUGUGGACGGUAUGGUCAUUUUCACAAUAUUGAUUCUUCAAUAUAUUAUAAGCUUGGUCUGUGUUUCCAUUUGUUUGUGUCAUCUGUGAUUUCUUUGAUCAGUAUUUUGGAGUUCUCCUUGUAGAGAUCUUUCACCUCCUUGGCUAAGUGUAUUCCUAGGUAUUUUAUUCUUCUUGUGACUAUUGUAAAUGGGAUUGAGUUCUUGAUUUGAUUCUCAGUUUGGUUGUUACUUGUGUAUAGCAAUAUUACUAAUUUGUGUACAUUGAUUUUGUAACCUGAGACUUUACUGAAUUCAUUUAUCAAAUCUAGAAGUCUUUUGGAGGAGACUUCAGGGUUUUCUAGAUAUAAGAUCAUGUCAUCAGCAAACAGAGAUAGUUUGAAUUCCUCUUUUCCAAUUUGAGUGCCUUUUAUUUAUUUCUCUUGCCUGAUUGCUCUGGCUAGACCUUCAGAUUCUUUCCAUGGUAACCACUGUAGUGUCUCGUUUUUUUUGUUUCAGAUUGUAUUUAUUUGGGUCUUCUCUUUUUUUUCUUGGUUUGUCUGGCUAAUGGUUUCUUGAUUUUGUUUAUUUUUUCAAAAGGCAAACUUCUCAUUUUGUUAAUCAUUUGUAAUUUAUUUUAGUUUCAAUUUUAUUUUUUCUUGCUCUGAUACUUUUUCUUUCCUUCUACUAAUUUUGGGUAUGGAUUGUUCUUGCUGUUUUAGUUCUUUGAGAUGCAUUAGUAGGUUAUUUGAAAUCUUUCUAUUUGUAUGAUAUAGGCAUUUAUUGCUGUAAACUUUCCCCCUAAUACUGCUUUUGCUAUAUCCCAUAAGUUUUGCUGUGUUGUAUUUCUAUUAUCAUUUACUUAAAUAAAUUUUUUAAUUUUCUUCUUAAUUUCUUAAUUUACCUAUUGGUCACUCGGGAGCAUGUUGUUUAAUUUCCAUGUAUUUGUAAAGUUUCAAAAGUUCUUGUUAUUGAUUUCUAGUUUUAUCCUGUUGUGUUCAGAAAAAAAUACUUAAUAUGAUUUAACUCCUUGUAAAUUUGUUGAGACUUGUUUUGUGGCCUAACAUGUGGUCUGUCCUGGAGAAUGUUCCAUGUGCUAAUGAAAAGAAUGUGUAUUCUGCAGUUGUUGGUCCAUUUGGUCUAAAGUACAGUUUAAAACCAAUGUUUCCUUAUUGAUUUUUUGUCUGGAUGAUCUGUCCAAUGCUGAGAGUGGGAUGUUGAAGUCCCCAACUAUAAUUGUAUCAUAGUCUGUCUCUCCCUUUAGUUCUAAUAUUUGCUUUAUAUAUCUGGGUGCUCUGGUGUUGCGUGCAUAUAUAUUUACAGUUGUUAUAUCUUCUUGUUGAAUUGAUCCCUUUAUCAUUAUAUAAUGAACUUCUUUAUCUCUUUAUACAGUUUUGACUUAAAGUCUAUAUUAUGUCAAAUAAAUAUAGCUACCCCUGCUUGCUUUUGGUUUCUGGUGUUUCGAGGUAUCUUUUUCUAUCCUUUUAUUUUCAGCCUACAUGUUUCUUUACAGGUGAAGUGAGUUUCUUGUAGUACGAUAUAAUUGGGUCAUUUUUUUUUUUAUCCAUUCUCUCAGUCUAUACCUUUUAAGUGGAAGAUUUAAUUCAUUUAUAUUCAAGACUAGUGUUGAUAGAUGAUAAAUUACUCCUGUCAUUUUAUUAAUUGUUUUCUGAUUGUUUUGUGUAUCCCUUUUUCCUUUCUUCUUACUUUUGUGUUUAUCAUGGUGGUUUUGUGGUUUUCUUGAAUUAAAAGGGUUUUCUUUCUAUCCUUUGUUUAUCUGCUCUAUCAGUGAGCUUUAUACUUCUGUAUGUUUUCAUGAAGGUGAUAUAAUCUUUGACUUCAAAUGUAGUAUUCCCUCGAGCAUUUCUUGUAAGGCUGAUCUAGUAAUAAUUAAUUCCCUCAGGUUUUGCUUGUCUGGGAAAUACUUUAUUUCUCCCUCAUUUCCGAAGGAUAGCUUUGCUAGGUUCUUAUAUCUGUUUCUGUAUUCAAUAAAUAGUAAUAUGUUGUUUUGGUUAAAGUAUAUAAAGAAUAUUCAGAUUAACAGAGAUAAGUAUUUGGAAAAGGUAGUAGUAUUUUUAAUUACCUUUUCAAAUAAUUAUGGCUAUUCUUUGAUACUACACCAGAAUUCCGUAAGUGAUAGUUUCAUAAAAGUUAGUCGCAAUUUGGAAUCUGAAAUCAUAUUAAUGAACCUUUUGUACUCUGUUACAUUAAAAUCCAAUGGUCUUUCUUGCGAUUAAAAUAGAUUUUUUUACCUAUGUAUGAUUUUGUAACAUCAUGCAUUGGUCAUUUGGAAUAUAUUGGUUCACUGAGUCAAUUAAUUCUUCCAAAUGUGGACACAUUUUAUUUCAAAAUAUCAAAAAAAAAAUGUCAGUAUCACCCCCAGUCUCACUAAGUGCUGGGAAACUGUUGAAUUCACAGUGACAGACUCAAGUAUCUAAUUUUAUCUUGAGAACUGAAAUUGUAUGAUUGGCAAAAAACUGCCGGUUGUUUUCUUAAAAGUUGCAGGCUCCUAACAGGCAAAUAACAUGUGAAGGGGGAAGCAUAUAGCAACUUAUAUUAUGAAAAUAGUCUUGACUGCAAGGAUCCCCUGAAAGGGUCUUGGACAACCUAAGGAGUCUAAGGAUAUACUUUGAAACUCACUCUUUUAACUGCUGUAAACAUUUAAAAGCAGAGAAAGAAAAAACAGGCAAAGAAUAGACUAGCUAGAGAACUUACUGUAAUACCUAUGUGUAUCCAACUUCCACAAAAUUAUAAAUUUAUUUAUCAUUUCUAUUCUUACUUGAAAACCUUUUUAAGGAUGCAGUUUAAUCCCUUAACUAAGAAAGCAGAAUUACCUUUCUUGGGCUUGCAACAGCAGUUGGGCUUAUGAUAUCAAGUACCAGGGCUGAGAGCUUCUUCCAGGAUGAUUCAAUGUAAGCCAUUCCCUGAGCAGCUUCUUACAGAAAAAUAACUUAGCAGAUGUAACUUCUUUUUUUUUAAUUUUAUUAUUAUUGUACUUUGAGUUUUAGGGUACAUGUGCACAACGUGCAGGUCUGUUACGUAUGUAUCCGUGUGCCAUGUUGUUGUGCUGCACCCAUUAACUCGCCAUUUAGCAUUAGGUAUGUCUCCUAAUGCUAUCCCUCCCCCCUCCCCCCUCCCCCUAACCCACAACAGUGCCCGGUGUGUGAUGUUCCCCUUCCUGUGUCCCUGUGUUCUCAUUGUUCAGUUCCCACCUAUGAGUGAGAACAUGAGGUGUUUUGUUUUUUGUCCUUGCGAUAGUUUGCUGAGAAUGAUGGUUUCCAGUUUCAUCCAUGUCCCUACAAAGGACAUGAACUCAUCAUUUUUUAUGGCUGCAUAGUAUUCCACGGUGUAUAUGUGCCACAUUUUCUUAAUCCGGUCUAUCGUUGUUGGACAUUUGGGUUGGUUCCAAGUCUUUGCUAUUGUGAAUAGUGCUGCUAUAAACAUACAUGUGCAUGUGUCUUUAUAGCAGCAUGGUUUAUAGUCCUUUGGGUAUAUACCCAGUAAUGGGAUGGCUGGGUCAAAUGGUAUUUCUAGUUCUAGAUCCCUGAGGAAUCGCCGCACUGUCUUCCACAAUGGUUGAACUAGUUUACAGUCCCACCAACGGUGUAAAAAUGUUCCUAUUUCUCCACAUCCUCUCCAGCACCUGUUGUUUCCUGACUUUUUAAUGAUGGCCAUUCUAACUGGUGUGAGAUGGUAUCUCAUUGUGGUUUUGAUUUGCAUUUCUCUGAUGACCAGUGAUGAUGAGCAUUUUUUCAUGUGUCUUUUGGCUGCAUAAAUGUCUUCUUUUGAGAAGCGUCUGUUCAUAUCCUUUGCCCACUUUUUGAUGUGGUUGUUUGUUUUUUUCUUGUAAAUUUGUUUGAGUUCAUUGUAGAUUCUGGAUAUUAGCCCUUUGUCAGAUGAGUAGAUUGCAAAAAUUUUCUCCCAUUCUGUAGCUUGCCUGUUCACUCUGAUGGUAGUUUCUUUUGCUGUGCAGAAACUCUUUAGUUUAAUUGGAUCCCAUUUGUCAAUUUUGGCUUUUGUUGCCAUUGUAAGUAUUUCAUGUUAUCUCUGAUAAAAAGCAUAUAAGUACAUUUUAUAAACACAGCCUUGUACCUGAAGAUUUAAGUCCAUUUAUAUUGGUCAUAAUUACUAAAUUUAUAAAUUAGAUUUAUUUGUACCUGGUUAUCUUGUGCUUUUGUUUGUUCUCCCUUAUUCUUUACUUCAUUUCUUCUCUCUUCUCACCUUCUUUUGGACUGAUUAUUAUUUUCUCAUUUUUUUCCUCUUCUAUUUUGAAAGUUGUAUACCCUGUAUUCUAAAGGAAAGCAGUAUUUUUAUCCUUCUCCCCCCAAACACAAGAAACUCAAUAUUAUUCUCUUCCCAUCUGUACGCUAUUGCCAAGUAUUUUAGUCCUAUCAUGCUUUUCUAACUCCAAAAGAUAUUUUAAUUAUGUUUCAUUCCAUCAAUAUUAGCUUUGGUUUACCCACAUUUGCCAUAUUCUUUGUUCUUUAAUCCUUUGUUUACAUCAGACUUUCCAUCUGGGAUCAUUUUCUUCUGCCUGAAAAAAAUAGCCUUUAGAAUUUUCCUUACUGGGUGUUUAAAUGUUGCAAACUCUCUGAGUUUUGGGUUGUUUAAAAAUGUCUACUUAGCCCUCAUAUUUGAGAGAUGUGGAACCUGAGAUUCAACUUCUGCAUCAGUGUUUUUAUUCCUCUCAGUACAGAUCUGCCAUUUUCUGGCCCCCAUUGUUGCCAUUAAGAAGCAAGCUAUCAAAUUAAGCAUCACUUCUUGAAAGGUUGUAUGUCUUCUCUCUAUGGAGGACUUUAUCUUCUCAUGGUUUUCAGUUUUCAUUUUGCUGUGUCCAGGAGUGCAGUUCUAUGCAUUUAUCCUGCUUUAUGAUUAUAUUUAUAGCUUUAUUUUUUUUUGGGGGGGGGGACAGAGUCUGGGCUCUGUUGCCCAGGCUGGAGUGCAAUGGCACAAUCUCGGCUCAUUUCAACCUCUGCCUCCCAGGUUCAAGCGAUUCUCCUGCCUCAGCCUCCUGAGUAGCUGGAACUACAGGCAUGUGCCAACACACCUGGCUAAUUUUUGUAUUUUUAGUAGAGACAGGGUUUCGCUAUGUUGUCCAGGCCAGCGUUGAACUCCUGGCCUCGAGUGAUCCACCCACCUCAGCCUCCCAAAGUGCUGGGAUUACAGGAUUGAACCACUGCACGCAACCAUAGCUGGGUUUUCUCAGUCUGUAGAUGGCUUUCUAAAAACCUCUCAGCUGUUCUCUCUUCGAAUAUUGUUUCUACCCGAUUCUUUCUUUCUCCCUGUCAUUCUCACAUCAGACCUGUGUUAGUCCUUUUCAUUCUCUCCUCCAUGGUUCUCAAACUCUCCUGUUUCUCACCUUGUUUUCUCUCUAUGCUUUAUUCUUGUGGUUUCUUCAGGUUUAUCUUUAAAUUCACUAUUCUGUCUUAGGCCAUAUCUUACCUUCUGUUUUUAGAAGCAAGGUAGUUCUUCCAGAAAAGAACUGCACUUGGUUCCGCUAGGCAAGCAGUACUACUACCAGCCUGGGAUCACUUUAAACUACAUUUUUGAUGGUAUGUUUUUUAGACAACAUAGAUUGUGUGAAUUUGGGUUACAAACCAUGCGAGGGCCAGUGUAUAGUUGCAAAUUCCCAAAGGAGACUUUCCCUGUAUACUCAGUGAUAUGGUUUAUGUCUCAUCUUGACAAAUCUCAUCUUGAAUUGUAGCUCCCAUAAUUCCCACAUGUUAUAGGAAGGACCUGAUGGGAGAUAACUGAAUCAUGGGGGCAGUUUCCCCCCAUACAGUUCACUUGGUAGUGACUAAAUCUCAUGAGAUCUGAUGGUUUUAUAAGGGGUUUCCCUUUUUGCUUGGUUCUCAUUCUCUCUUGUUUACUGCCAUGUAAGACACGGCUUUUGCCUUCCACCAUGAUGGCAAGGCCUCCACAGCCACAUGGAAAUGUGAGUCCAUUAAACCUCUUUUUCUUUUAAAUUACCCAAUCUCAGGUAUGUCUUUAUCAGCAGCGUGAAAACAGACUAAUACAGUCAGUGACUCCAUAUAGUAUGUGUCCUCACUGUCCCCUGGGGAGAGGGGCAGGGAGCAUGUUUAUUUGUAGGGUAUAGGCUUUGGGGUCCAGGGUUUAUAUGUGGGGGUGGGGUUUCUAUUAAAUCACAACCUGGUUGGGCCCUAGUCUCUGUCUCUGUUUUUCCAUACCCUGCAAGACCUUGAGCACCUUGGCUCAAAUUCAUGGCAAAUAUCCUCAAUGCAAAAGUUGUCUCUGCUUUUGUUUCUGGGUGCCUGUCUCGAUUCAGUUUUUAAUCUGAGGAUUCCUUACUUUCUUGCCAGCUUGGAGACAUAUUUAUGAUGGUGAGUUUUUUGUUGGUUUUCAUUUUAUCAAUCAUUUUAAUUGUUUUUAAUGGAAAUGAGUCAAACUGUAUAUAUAACCCACCCUUAUUUUUUAAAAAUUCACAAGAACAAUGAGAAGAUAAUACAACAUGAACAUAGGUGCUGCUGCUACGGAAAAUUACAGAAACCCACUAGAGAGCAAUGGAUGGAGCUAAGGCAGAGCCACAGCUGCCUUUCUCAGAAUGUCAGCUGUUGCUAGGGAAACCAGCUGAAUAGAGGGCAAUUACCUAAGGAAGACUCUGAGGAGAACUUUGAUAAACUGGUCAGCAGGUUAUAAGAACACAUGCAUCUUGUUUUAUGAUUGACAAGUGUUUCUGUAAUAUCUGCAAGACCAGCCUCUAAGUAAGUGUGGUUUACUAUUUUAUUCAGCAAUAAUUUAAUAAGUGUCCACACCAUUCCUGGCUGUAGAUGCUUAGUGAAUGUUCGAUGAAUUCUCUGAAUUUUCAGAGACAUGAAAAAAGGCAUCCAAGUGGGCAGCCUUGAUUAACUGGUCAUCCAUGUCAUUGACUCCAAGUUUUUAAAAAAAUGCAAUAGGUGGCCUCAGUGCUCAGAACACAGAAGCUUGAGGCGGAUUCUGGUGUCACCCAGAGCAACUAGACCAACAUUCCAGUGUGGGCGGUGGUGGCGGCCGGCAGGCAGUGAGAGGAAGCCCGCUAGGAGUGUCCUCGUUCCCCGCCUCUCUGGAUGAACCAGACGGAAUAAGCCGCGCCUCCCGCAGGGGCUGCGCCUCCAUAAAUCCCUAGUUGUUGUUUUUUCUUUCUCUCCCCUCUCCUCACCCCCACUCCGAGCUCCGUCCCGCCUUCUCCCUUCGCCAGCGGCGGCCGCGUCCAGGUGCGGAGUCCAUACCAGCGCAAUGGCGUCCAACCCCCAGCCGGGGGAGAGUCUGCUCAGGGAACUGCAGGGGGAUUCCCGAAGUCCUCCGUUUUCUGAGAAUGUGAGUGCUGUUCAAAAAUUAGACUUUUCAGAUACAAUGCUGCAGCAGAAAUUGGAUGAUAUCAAGGAUCAAAUUAAGAGAGAAAUAAGGAAAGAACUGAAAAUCAAAGACGGAGCAGAAAAUCUGAGGAAAGUCACAACAGAUAAAAAAAGUUUGGCUUACGUAGACAACAUUUUGAAAAAGUCAAAUAAAAAAUUAGAAGAACUACAUCACAAGCUGCAGGAAUUAAAUGCACAUAUUGUUGUAUCAGAUCCAGAAGAUAUUACAGAUUGCCCAAGGACUCCAGAUAUUCCAAAUAGUGACCCUCGUUGUUCUACUAGCAAGAAUAGAUUGAAGGCUCCCUUCGCCAGCGGCGGCUGCGUCCAGGUGCGGAGUCCAUACCGGAGCGCGAUGGCGUCCAACCCCCAACGGGGGGAGAGUCUGCUCAGGGAACUGCAGGGGGAUUCCCGAAGUCUUCCGUUUCCUGAGAAUGUGAGUGCUGUUCCAAAAUUAGACUUUUCAGAUACAAUGGUGCAGCAGAAAUUGGAUGAUAUCAAGGAUCGAAUUAAGAGAGAAAUAAGGAAAGAACUGAAAAUCAAAGAGGGAGCUGAAAAUCUGAGGAAAGUCACAACAGAUAAAAAAAGUUUGGCUUACGUAGACAACAUUUUGAAAAAGUCAAAAAAAUUAGAAGAACUACAUCACAAGCUGCAGGAAUUAAAUGCAUAUAUUGUUGUAUCAGAUCCAGAAGAUAUUACAGAUUGCCCAACGACUCCAGGUACUCCAAAUAGUGACCCUCGUUGUUCUACUAGCAACAAUAGAUUGAAGGCUCCCUUCGCCAGCGGCGGCCGCGUCCAGGUGCGGAGUCCAUACCGGAGCGCGAUGGCGUCCAACCCCCAACGGGGGGAGAUUCUGCUCAGGGAACUGCAGGGGGAUUCCCGAAGUCUUCCGUUUUCUGAGAAUGUGAGUGCUGUUCAAAAAUUAGACUUUUCACAUACAAUGGUGCAGCAGAAAUUGGAUGAUAUCAAGGAUCGAAUUAAGAGAGAAAUAAGGAAAGAACUGAAAAUCAAAGAGGGAGCUGAAAAUCUGAGGAAAGUCACAACAGAUAAAAAAAGUUUGGCUUACGUAGACAACAUUUUGAAAAAAUCGAAUAAAAAAUUAGAAGAACUACAUCACAAGCUGCAGGAAUUAAAUGCAUAUAUUGUUGUAUCAGAUCCAGAAGGUAUUACAGAUUGCCCAACGACUCCAGGUACUCCAAAUAGCGACCCUCGUUGUUCUACUAGCAACAAUAGAUUGAAGGCUCUACAAAAACAGUUGGAUAUAGAACUUAAAGUAAAACAAGAUGCAGAGAAUAUGAUACAGAUGUAUUCAAAUGGAUCUUCAAAGGAUCGGAAACUCCAUGGUAUAGCUCAGCAACUGCUCCAGGACAGCAAGACAAAAAUAGAAGUCAUACGAAUGCAGAUCCUUCAGGCAGUCCAGACUAAUGAAUUGGCUUUUGAUAAUACAAAACCUGUGAUAAGUCCUCUUGAACUUCGGAUAGAAGAAUUAAGGCAUCAUUUUAGGAUACAGUUUGCAGUGGCAGAAGGUGCAAAGAAUGUAAUGAAAUUACUUGGCUCAGGAAAAGUAACAGACAGAAAAGCACUUUCAGAAGCUCAAGCAAGAUUUAAUGAAUCAAGUCAGAAGUUGGACCUUUUAAGUUACUCAUUAGAGCAAAGAUUAAAUGAACUCCCCAAGAAUCAUCCCAAAAGCAGUAUUAUUAUUGAAGAACUUUCACUUGUUGCUGCAUCACCAACACUAAGUCCACGUCAAAGUAAGAUAUCUACACAAAAUCAAUAUAGUUCACUAUCCAAACCAGCAGCAUUAACAGGUACUUUGGAAGUGCGUCUUAUCGGCUGCCAAGAUAUCCUAGAGAAUGUCCCUGGACGGUCAAAAGCAACAUCAGUUGCACUGCCUGGUUGGAGUCCAAGUGAAACCAGAUCAUGUUUCAUGAUCAAAAUGAGUAAAAGUAAAAGCAGAAGUCAUGGAAAUCUUCUAAAAACCGAUGACUUGUCCAAUGAUGUCUGUGCUGUUUUGAAGCUCGAUAAUACUGUGGUUGGCCAAACUAGCUGGAAACCUAUUUCCAAUCAGUCAUGGGACCAGAAGUUUACACUGGAACUGGACAGGUCACAGGUUACCUUUUUUAAUCCAGUUAUUGAAAGAAGACCAAAACUUCAAAAACAAAAGAAAAUUUUUUCAAAGCAACAAGGCAAAAGAUUUCUCAGAGCUCCUCCAAUGAAUAUUAUUAUUGCCACUUGGAGAAGGCUAGUAAGAAGAGCUAUUCCUACAGUAAAUCAUUCUGGCACCUUCAGCCCUCAAGCUCCUGUGCCUACUACAGUGCCAGUGGUUGAUGUACACAUCCCUGAACUAGCACUUCCAGCUAGUGAUUCUACAGCAAUCAAACUGGACUUUGAUCUUGAGCCUGAACCUCCUCCAGCCCCACCACGAGCUUCUUCCCUCGGAGAAAUAGGUGAAUCUUCUGAAUUAAGAGUUUUGGAUACACCAGGACAGGAUUCAGAGACUGCUUUUGAUAUUGAGAAUGACAGAAAUAAUAUGCUUCCAAAAUCUCAAUCUGAAUACAAGCCUGAUACUCCUCAGUCAGGCCUAGAAUAUAGUGGUAUUCAAGAACUUGAGGAUAGAUCUCAGCAAAGGUUUCAGAUUAAUCUACAAGAUUUCAGGUGUUGUGCUGUCUUGGGAAGAGGACAAUAUGGAAAGGUGCUUUUAGCUGAAUAUAAACACACAAAUGAGAUGUUUGCUAUAAAAGCCUUAAAGAAAGGAGAGAUUGUGGCUCAAGAUGCAGUAGACAUCCUGAUGCGUGAAAAAAGAAUUUUCAAAACUGUGAAUACUGUAAGGCAUCCCUUUUUGAUGAACCUUUUUGCAUGUUUCCAAACCAAAGAGCAUGUUUGCUUUGUAAUGGAAUAUGCUGCUGGUGGGGACCUAACGAUGCACGCUUGUACUGAUGAUGUCUUUUCUCAACCAAGAGCUGUAUUUUAUGCUGCUUGUGUAGUUCUUGGGUUGCAGUAUUUACAUGAACACAAAAUUGUUCAUAGAGAUUUGAAAUUGGAAAACUUAUUGCUAGAUACGGAGGGCUUUGUGAAAAUUGCUGAUUUUGGUCUUUGCAAAGAAGGAAUGGGAUAUGGAGAUAGAACAAACACAUUUUGUGGCACUCCUCUAUAUCUUGCCCCAGAACUAUUAACAGAAACUUCUUAUACAAGGGCUGUAGAUUGGUGGGCCCUUGGCGUGCUUAUAUAUGAAAUGCUUGUUGGUGACUCUCCCUUUAUUGGUGAGGUUGAAGAGAAAGUUUAUGACAAUAUUGUAAAUGGUGAAGUAAGGUAUCCAAGGUUCUUAUCUACAGUAGCCAUUUCUAUAAUGAGAAGUCUGUUAAGAAGAAAUCCUGAGCGGCGCCUUGGGGCUACUGAGAAAGAUGCAGAGGAUGUAAAAAAGCACCCAUUUUUCUGCCUAAUUGAUUGGAGCGCUCUGAUGGACAAAAAAGUAAAGCCACCAUUUAUACCUACCAUAAGAGGACGAGAAGAUGUCAGUCAUUUCGGCGAUGAAUUUACCUCAGAAGCACCUAUUCUGACUCCACCUCGAGAACGAAGGAUACUUUCGGAAGAGGAGCAGGAAAUGUUCAGAGAUUUUGACUACACUGCUGAUUGGUGUUAAGUUGCUAGACACUGCGAAACCAAGCUGACUGACUCACAAGAAGACCUCUUAAAAAUAGCAACCCUUCAUUUGCUCCCUGUGCCACCAAUAGCUGAUGAGUUUUGAUUUGUUUUGUUUUUUUUAAUUGAAACACGUGAAGAUUUGUUUAAAAGUACCAUUCUAAUACUUCUUCAAAAGUGGCUUCUCAUUGUACUUCAGCGUAAAUGUGAGCACCGGGAACAGUUUCAUGGAGUUUAAGUUGAGUGAACAUCGGCCAUGAAAAUCCAUCACAAAUACUUUUGGAUCAAUAGUCUAUUUUAAAAAAGAAAGAAAAAAACCACUUUUUUACAGUCCCUAGCUUUGCCAUAUGCCCGCCUUAAGUGGAAGGAAAAUUAAUCACUUAACGAUGUUUUACAAAAAGCAUUCCAAGGCCUUUUUUUCUUUUUGUAAAACAUAGUUAAGUGAUUAAUUUUCCUUCCACUUAAGGCAGGCAUAUGGCAAAGCUAGGGACUGCAAACAAGUGGUUUUUUUCUUUCUUUUUUAAAACAGACUAUUGAUCCAAAAGUAUUUGUGAUGGAUUUUCAUGGCCGAUGUUCACUCAACCUAAACUCCAUGAAACUGUUCCCGGUGCUCAUAUUUACGCUGAAGCACAAUGAGAAGCCACUUUUGAAGAAGUAUUAGAAUGGUACUUUUAAACAAAUCUUCACGUGUUUCAAUUAAAAAAAAAAAAAAAAAGAAGCUAACACCAGUUAGCACGUUAGGGUCAUUAUACCUCAGGAAUAGCAAGCUGUUAAGUACCCAUACUGAAUUAACUAUUUAAUCACAGUGAGCUCAUCUCUGAAAAAUUGUUCAGGUGUAAAUCUUAUGAGAAACAUGAAAAAGAACACUGAUUUAUGGAGAGUUGAGCUAAAAACAUUUAUAAAUAUUUGCUGGGAUGUUUUAGCAUCUUUUCAUUGUACUCUGAGAACAAUUAAAAUUGUCCAGAGAUCAUUUA